CCUUGAUUACGACUUCUCCCUCCAACCAUGAACUCCAUCGCCAAUCGAUUUACUACAACUGGACCUAUCAGCGAGCUGAGGAAAGCUCAAUCUCACGUCGAAGACGACGAAUUUGCAGAUUCCGCCUGGGGCUCUGAAGCUGGUUUCGGCAGUUUGGCGAAGGGUGUACCCAAUUUCACAGUUCCUUCCGUGUCAGACCCCUCUGCGUUCUUGAGACUCCAUACCGAUGACUUUGCCGACCCCAACUGUAGAAUCAAGAUUCAGCACGGAACCACCACGCUUGCAUUCAGAUUCCAAGGAGGUGUUAUCGUUGCAGUGGAUUCGCGGGCUACGGCAGGAAGCUAUGUUGCAUCCGGGACCGUGAAAAAGGUUAUUGAAAUCAACCCGUAUCUUCUGGGUACCAUGGCUGGAGGUGCUGCAGAUUGUCAGUACUGGGAAACAUACCUUGGGAUUCAUUGUCGACUUCAUGAGCUCCGGAACCGUGAACGUAUAUCUGUAUCAGCAGCGAGCAAAUAUCUAAGCAAUCUUGUGUAUAGCUAUAAGGGUAUGGGUCUGAGUAUGGGAACAAUGAUUUGCGGUUGGGACAAGACGGGUCCGGCUGUCUUCUAUGUCGACUCAGACGGUACUCGUCUCAAAGGAGAUCUAUUUUCUGUUGGAUCAGGAAGCACGUUUGCCUAUGGUGUUCUUGACCAGGGAUACCGAUGGGACUUGACUGAUGAGGAAGCCCAAGAGCUUGGUAGACGAAGCAUAUACGCUGCGGGACACCGAGAUGCUUUCUCCGGUAACACCUGCAACCUUUAUCACGUCAAAGAGGAUGGAUGGAAAUUUAUUGGCAAUUACGAUAUUUCCAAACUGCACUACGACGGCCCCGGAGAAACACCCGGAGCUGGAUAUGGCUACGAUAUUCGGAUUGAAAGAAAUGCUGCUGCUGCUGCUGCUAUCGCUGUUCAAUCUUAGGUUGAAUAAUUCUCUGUACAUAGUUGUACAACUAAAGAUCUUCUAAAUCUACAACGCACCGCGCGCCUGACAUACAGUGGUCUUGAAUUUUGUCUCAAUUCCAUUUCUGGGCAGAUUGCAGGCCUUUGAUCUAAUAACCGAUUUUUUUGACUUAUCGAUCGA